AGACCCGAUAGGGUAAUUUGAUCGGAUCGGUUCUUACUCGAACCGGGUUUUUUCGGAUCAGAUCUUCGGAUCCGGGUAGAAUGCCCAGUUAAUAUUUUCAGUUUUAAUGUAAAAAAAUAUUAAUAUUUUAUAUUUGUUGUUUGUUUUAUUAUUGAUUAGAUAGUAACUAAUGACGUUUUUAUUUAAAAAGCGAAAGCUGAAUAUUUUAAAUAAAAAAACGGAGAAAGUUUACGCGGCAGUUUAUUUUCCUCUACUGCCCCGCAAGGCAUUGAUUCUCUUUAUUUCUCUCUCUCUCCUAUGUGUAUUAUCACCGCUAGCUCUGCUCUUGUUUUGAUUUUGAUUCCUUGUGUUCCCAAAAAGAUUUAUUUCUUUUUUUUAAAAUAUAUAAAGAGAGAAAAAUGAAAUUGAUUUCCUUUUUCCAUUUCCAUGGAUGCCUCCUCUGGGUUUCUCUUAAUAGUAGUCUUAGUAUAGCUGUUGUACUCUAUAAAUACACAUGUCCCUCUUCUUAACUUCUCUUAUAUUUUCCAUCAUUGUGUGUAUUUGUGACAUCGAAAAACUCUCUACCGAAAAUCAUUAGACUCUCCAAAAUUGUAGUGAAACAACAAUGAGCUAUUCUCAUCAAAACAUGGGUUCUGGUAGUAGAAGUGCAAGGGGAUAUGAGUUUGGAAGGACUUAUGUUGUGAGGCCUAAAGGGAAGCACCAGGCUACUAUUGUUUGGUUGCAUGGUCUUGGAGACAACGGCUCAAGCUCGUCUCAGCUAUUGGAGAGCCUGCCUCUUCCAAACAUAAAAUGGAUAUGCCCAACUGCUCCCUCGCGUCCUGUUUCACUUCUAGGUGGAUUCCCUUGCACUGCAUGGUUCGACGUGGGUGAAAUUUCUGAGGAUCUUCAUGAUGAUAUCGAAGGCUUAGAUGCUUCAGCUGCACACAUUGCUAACCUCCUAUCAACCGAACCAACAGAUGUCAAAGUUGGGAUAGGAGGUUUCAGUAUGGGAGCAGCAGUAGCUCUAUACUCAACAACGUGCUACGCUCUUGGAAGUUACGGAACAGGACAUCCUUAUACUAUAAACCUACGAGCUACUGUAGGACUCAGUGGUUGGCUUCCUGGUUGGAGGAGCUUAAGGAGCAAAAUAGAAAGUUCCAAUGAAGCUGCAAGGCGUGCUGCAUCAAUACCAAUUAUACUUGCACAUGGAACUUCGGAUGAUGUAGUUCCUUACAGAUUUGGAGAAAAAUCUGCGCAUUCACUUGCCAUGGCUGGAUUCAGACAAGUUGUGUUUAAGCCAUAUGAAGGGCUAGGUCACUACACGGUUCCUAAAGAAAUGGAAGAGGUCGUUCACUGGCUCGCCUCAAGGCUUGGUCUAGAGGGCUCAAGCUGAGCUCCAAAAGAAUCUAUAGCUAUUUAUACAAUGUGUAGAAUAUAUUAGAGAAAUAAUGGGUGGGUUUCUUGGGGUAUACGGUAUUCAUGUUUUGACUGUUUUGUAAUUUUUUUUUGCUUUUCUGCUCUUUGAUAUUCUUGGUUAUGAAUAAUGAAAUAAAGGCUCUUCAAUA